GCAACAUGACGGCGUACGCAGAGUCUGUAUGGUACCCGGAGAGAGGGUUGAAAAAUGGACAAGACAUGCAGUGGGGAGGGGGAAGCCUGUUCGUGUCGGGGAGAGAGAGGAUGAGGAAACUGAAAGGCGGCCACCGGCUCCUGUCCUACCGACACACCGUCCCCACCAUCGACCUGUCGACGUGGAUCCAGGAAAAUACCAACCAGGAGGAUUACGUCAUCUUCAAGUUAGACGUGGAAGGCGCAGAGUACGACAUUCUCAAAAAAAUGUUGAUGGACGGAACGUUCAAAUGGGUGGACAAGUAUUACGGCGAGUUCCACCUGAAUCAAGCCGUCAAGAAGUGGGGUAAAGAAAAGAAGAAGAGCUUAAUGAACCGGUUUACGAGGAAGGGCAUUUCUCCUUCGCAGUCCAUACUGUCCUGGUCAGCGGAACUGAGACACUACGAAGAUUUUGAAGCAUUACAUCCACCAAGCCGAGUCCCAAAGGACACUCCCGGUGUCCCAGGCGGUGUGUACCCUAACUGCUCGGCCUCGGCGUCUCCGAACGGAACUCUCCCGCUGACGCUGGCUGUUCAGGUCGGUAUGAACGCCAAAGCCGCCCGGAAACUUGUGGAGACGAUGGCCGCACAUCCGGCCAAGGUCCCUCUGUCGCUGUUUGUUUACGGGGACUUCGUGGAGCUGUUCCCGGGUCUCGUGCGGCGCUGGGCGAGGAACUUUACAAUCGGGAUGCGAGAGAACCAGCCCUUUCCGCCAGGGCACUUCAUGCUCCAGACGUACAAGUGGAUCCGCUACAGCCUGGUGAGCGCCAUGGAGCGUCACCGCGACGCCGGCCUGCAGCCCGCCUUCUACCUGCCCGACAAUCUGACGGACCCCAUCGUAACUGCGGCCAAGAACCGAGGUCUGCGACUGGUCCAACCGACCGCCCGUUUCCCGCCAACUGAAGGCACCCUGCUGACACAAGAGAACUACUACAACUAUCGUGACGUGGAGCGUGUGCCCAAAGCUGAGCGGGUGCUGAGAGAACAGCUGGGAGAGACAGGCGGGAUCUUAAGUCUGGACUCCGACCAUCCCGACAGCCACAUGAUCUCUGUGUUCCUCCUGGACUAUCUGGUGCAGAGGUCUAACUUCGAGAUCGUCAGCAUACAUAAAUGUCUUUCUGACUGAUGUAAUGAAUAUAUGUUUCUACUAGAAAGGUAACAUUUGCAAAGCAAAUGCGCAAUGUUUACCUUCGCAUAUGGUCUGCUCUGUUAAUU